UUUCCAGGAUGAAGUUACUUACUGUUGAAAUAUUAUAAGAUUUUUAAACGAGCCAAGACGCUUCGCGUUUUUCGUCUUACUUUCUCUUAGCAAAGGUCGCUGCUCUUUAGCACAGAUAGACAUUUUGGCUCGCGUUGCCAUCGAUAGAAUUUUUAGUUAGAAGAGUGUAUCCUUCAAAUGGAGCGUGUUUUAAAAGCUGUGCCAGCGGAUUUAAGAGUAAAAAUGGAGGCACUCGUUCAUGACCUUACGCUGGCACUGGAGGAAAGUAGCAAUAGUGCAAAUGUCAGGCCCAGAUGGGGUAUCAGAAGACGUGCACGUUCCACAGGAAAUAUUCGUAAGUGUAAGGCUAUAAAGAAUACUAUUUGGUAUAAUCUGCAUAGGAGGAGAGCCAGAUGCCAAUUAAACUUGAAAUCAUUGCGCUACUCUUUCCCAGCGUCGUUAAGUGCCAACAAGCAUUCGGACGACAGUUCGUCUUCUAUUUGCGACAUUCGCAUUCCAAAGAAUGCUUCAGCCUCAAAGUACCAGUCCGACAGUGAUGACAUUAAUCAGACUAAACGAUUUGCGCGUUUCUCAAAUUUGAACAAUGCCAGCAAUAUUGAAAGCGAUUCGGUUAACGAGAACUUUGUACCCAGAAUGAACACAAGGCGCAAAAGAAAGUUUAAACGAAUGGCUGUAGACUCUGAUUCAAACCCGUCCACAUCUCAAGCCGUCACUAUAAUCUCCAACUCUGUUGGGAAAAAAAAAAGGGUCUUCCGUAACGACUGUGAGAACAGAUAUGGAACAAUAUGGUGCGGAAAGCGUAAACGAUCUUGCAGAGAACGUUCAAUAGACUGUGAAAUGCGUGCUCCAAAGCCAAACCGUAAUUCAAAGUCAAAGAACCGUGGCAAAGUUCAAAACGAGGAUGCCAUGGACUGUUCUCGUAUAUCGAGUUCAAGUAUUUCAUCAAGUGAUUCGGAAACAGGAAUUAUAACCAAUGAUGAAGAUCGCGAGGGCGAUGACGAACAAUCAGACUGGAUCGGAGAGUCAAGCUUGUGGGAUGACACCGAGAGUACAACAGAAGACAAAGUUACGACGGAUCCUGCGUUUCAAGCAAUAUUACACGGCAGCAUUGACCACUUGUCAGAUGAGGCCAGGAAGAAUUACAGGCAGCGAAUGCAAUGGAUCCGGGAUGGCCUCAGUGGUCGGGAAAUACGUGCCGGCCGUCGACACGUAGACAAUAAACCAGGAUACUCCAUAAUUACAUCGGCUAACGAGAAGGUCUCACGAUUCUUGCAGGAUCCAAGUCAAAGCGAAUUGAAAUUACAUCCAAUGCGACAGCCAGAACGUGAGAAACUGCGAAGACUCGCGAAUCUUUAUAGUCUCAGUUUAAAGGGUGACUUGAGUUGUCCUGUUUUGUACAAGACAAGACACACCACGCAGGCGAUAUGCGUGGACCAAGUGUCGUUAAAUAGAAUCUCGGAUUACAAAAGAUUAAGGAAAACGCCACCAAACUCACCAAAUUCGGAAUCCAUGAUGCAGGAUCAGGAGAUACAGAUUUCUAGUACCAGCUUCGGAACCCAGAUUAUUAAUCAGACCCAAAAUAUUGGCUCCAUGCAAAAUCUAGUCCAAAUACCACAUUUUGGAUGGGAGAUGCAGACCAUGGAGGCUGAUAUGCAGACAAAAGGAAAAUAUCAUAGUUUCGGUCACUCAAAGUCUAGUUAAAAAUAGGACAUGGAACUUUUUCUUCUUUCUAUUAUUCCGUAUUUUAUUUAUAUAAUUGUACGUUGAAGGUGUUCCCACCAAACUUCCGUGAUGAUAGUGAGUAGGAGAUGUCUUGUAUAGUUGUAGAAAAUUUUAAAGGAUAAGUAGCGAUUUCUUGUGUUAAUUUAACACAUGUAAGAUUUUUUCUCUAAUUUUUUGUCGUAUGUCACGAAUCAUUCUAGUUUACAAAACUCUUUUUAAAAAAUCAUAUCUGGUACAUCCGGCAAGUAAUUUUUGCUCGAUUGGCAAAGGUUUCUACGUAAUAAUUUAUAGAAGUAGUUAUUAGCAUCCAUUAGGAUGUAAGUUUCUAAACAGGGUAACAAAUGAUACGGUAUGGAAUUAUUGUACAUACUUCUUUCCUACUAAUUUAUGUAUGAUUCCUUCAUGUACCCUAGAGUACAUAAUCUACUUUGUCAAA